AUGUUCACUCCGCAAGCUGCUCGCAGGCCGCCUGGCAGUAUGCAGCCUGGUGCUCCUGUUCAAAGUCAAAGCGACAUUCAUGCGAAGGAAAAACUCGCUGCCUACGUGUACGAAUACUUGGUCAUCUCUGGAGCUACGAAAACUGCCGAAGUGUUCAAAGAAGAAGUUUUGAAUAACGUUCCCAACGGAGCCAUCAAGCCCUACUUUUGGGAUCUUUAUUGUGCAGCUCCUGAACGGAGAGAUGGACCCGAUGGGAUUCGUUCCUGGUGGUUUUGGGCCGCGCCGGACCAGAUGAUGAACGGAAUGCACGGUCCUGGG